GCCCCCCCCUCUAUAGAAGCAACAGGGGGGACCCGGGGGAAACUCCUCCUCCUCUGGUUGCAGCUCGUCUCUCCCCACAUCUUGGGGGCUGUUAGUAGACGAAGGUUCCAGACAAGAUGCUGCUCUUGGCUUUUCUCCCUCUUUUCCUUGGCAGAGUGACAACUGAGCCCUCAAUCGAUUCCUGCUGUAACAGUGGCUACGAAUGGGCGACGCAGAAAAUCGAGUGCACCCACCUACCUGUCCUCUCCGACUCCAAGGAAUGCAGACUCACACAAGAGCAAUGCUGUAUGAAUCAGCUGGAGGACCUGCACUGCACCACCGGCAUUAACAUCGCCAAUGAGCGAGAAGAAUGUGAGACCUCCGAAAACGAGGCAAAUUCUACAUGCGAAGCCCGGUUCAUAAAGCAGCGCUGCUGUCAUUGCUGUUUACUCGGCAGAAUGGCCCAGACCCAGGGCCGCAGUUGUGACAAAAACAUGUUCCUGGGCUACCAGUGUGAGCAAGUCUUCAGGGCCUGCUGCGUCAGGGGCCAAGAGGGGCUGGACAUCCCAAACCGGGACGUCAGCAAAGAUGAAGCUAAUGCAGCAUCGAUACCCCACUCAGACAACGAGGAUCCUUAUCUGAACGAUCGAUGCAGAGGUGGGGGUCCAUGUAACCAGCAGUGCAGUGACACGGGUAUCAGUGUCGUUUGCUCCUGUUAUGCAGGUUACCAGCUCCAACCAGAUGGAUUUUCUUGUGAAGACAUCAAUGAAUGUAUCUCGGGGAGUCACACGUGUAAGGUGGGACAGGUGUGUAUUAAUCUGGUGGGAUCGUUCCGUUGCCAGAGGGAAGUGAAUUGCGGCACUGGAUAUGAACUGAUGGAGGACAACAACUGCAAAGAUAUUGAUGAAUGUGCAACUGCAACGCACAACUGCCUCCCCAACUUCAACUGCCAAAACACACCGGGAUCAUUCAGGUGCCGACCCAAAGUGCAGUGCAGCAGCGGCUACAUACAGGAUGCCCUGGGACACUGCAUCGAUAUCAAUGAGUGUGUGAGUGUUAAUGCCCCGUGUCCUCCAGGCCAGACCUGCAUUAACACAGAAGGUUCCUAUACUUGCCAGCGGCACGUGGUGAACUGUGGCCGGGGAUAUCACUUAAGUGCCGAUGGGACAAAGUGUGAAGAUAUAAAUGAAUGCGCCAGUACCCAGAAUCCUUGUGGGGAAGGACACGGCUGUAUGAAUGUCCCGGGAUCAUAUAAAUGUGAAUGCAGAAUAGGAUAUAACUUUGACCCUAUAAGCAGAACAUGUAUUGAUGUCAAUGAGUGCAGGGGGUACCCAGGGCGGGUCUGUGCCCACAAGUGUGAAAACACCGCGGGGUCCUUUUUCUGCAGCUGUUCCACUGGCUUCAAGUUGGCCUUGGAUGGCAGAUCUUGUGACGAUGUGGACGAAUGCAGCAACAAUCCCUGCAGCCAGGAGUGCGCCAACGUCUACGGUUCGUACCAGUGCUACUGUCGCCGCGGGUACCAGCUGAGUGACGUGGAUGGCAUCACAUGUGAAGAUAUCGACGAGUGCGCGCUGCCAACUGGCGGCCACAUCUGCUCCUAUCGCUGCAACAACGUUCCUGGCAGUUUCCGCUGCUCCUGCCCUUCCAACGGAUACACGCUGGCACCCAACGGACGCAACUGCCAAGAUGUGGAUGAAUGUGUUACCGGCUCCCACAACUGCUCCGACACCGAGAACUGCUUCAACAUCCAGGGAGGGUUCCGCUGCCUUUCCUUCGACUGUCCAAAGAACUAUCGCAAAACUGGCGACACGUACGACAGAGCCGACACCGUCCGCUGCAUCAAAUCCUGCCGACCCAACGACUUUCAAUGUAUGGCCAACCCAGUGCACACAAUUUCCCAUACGGUGAUCUCCCUGCCCACGUUUAGAGAUUUCAACCGGCCGGAAGAAAUUAUUUUUCUUCGGGCGAUAACCCCAGCGUACAGCCCGGGCCCCCAGCCGGAUAUAAUAUUCCACAUAACGGAGGGCAACCUGCGGGAAUCCUUUGAUAUCCAGAAGCGAUACGUGGAUGGAAUGAUUGUUGGGGUCGUGCGGCAGGUGAAACCCAUCGUGGGGCCCUUUCACGCCGUCCUGAAACUGGAGAUGAAUUACGUGGUGGGCGGAGUCGUCUCUCACCGCAACAUCGUCAACGUCAACAUCUUUGUCUCCGAAUUCUGGUUCUGAGCAGGAUCUUUUCAGGUCCAAGAUGUAGAAUAUCCGAGCCUGGUGUGAAAUGUUUUAACUAUUCCAGUUGCUCCUUAUGAAUAAAUCUUGAUCUUCUUAAAUUACAGGACCAGUAGCACCAAAUAAUGAAAUCCAUUUAACUGACAUACCGGUCUUCUUCGCUGUUGUCCUGUAUUUUAUUAUAGCCGUGAGAAUGCUCUGGGCUCCCCUAUCAAAGUCAUCUUUUAUCUGUUGCUUAAACACACCCACCUCUUGUCAUUUGAGCUUUAGAUGACAUGUGACUUGGGACAGAAAGCCCUAUAAAGGGUAAGUAAAGGUAAAUAUACAUUUUGUUUCUGGCCUUUAAAAUUCUUAAAUGUCUUUAAAAAUAAUUUUACUUUCCGUAACCACUUCUGACCGUGGUCAGGGCUCCAGCUUUAUAUCGACCACUGCUUUCCUUAUUGAUACACCUUUGGCUUUGUAUAGAAGUAUAUAACAUAAUUAGUGAGGUAGGUAUCAGUGGUGGCGGAUCAUCCAAAGACUCAAGGGCGGGACAAAAAUCAACUACUGUCCAGAAAUCCGCCCCCAAGGAUCCUAUAAAUACUGCUAUGGAAACAUAAUGGGAUUUUAGUAGGAUAAAGAUGUUUUACACCAAUAUGGAAUGCUCUUUGGUUGCUAGGGAUAGGGACCCUGGCAACUGGAAAGCAGCUUGACUAUGAGGCUAUAUUUGUACUUUUGUACUGACAAUUCCUCAAAUGGAAACAGAUUUUCACAGCCUCAGUUUGGAAAAACUCCCAACACAUUUGUAGAUUUCAGCCCAACCCCAUAACCCUAAACCUAACCCAUUGUGACAUCGAAUAUUUGCGGGUUUUUUUUUCCACUUUAUAAAAAGGCUGAAAUGACCUCAAGAAAAGCUACUGAACUGCAACCAAUAGGAAACAGGUUAUAAACACAGAGAAAAAACUAAAUUUAAUUUAAAAAAACCCUUUUAAUACGUUUUCAGUUGGAACUAAGGCCAUCGGUACUCAUAUGGUCUCAUUAUUAAUAAAUUAGCAGUGACCUCCAAUAAAUAUCAGCCCAUUGGUUACCCGGGCCCCCUGGGUGGAGGCCACUAUUUUAUAGACACCAAUAAGUCCACGUUGGCAGAGAAUUUCUGAUUUGGAAAAAACAGAAUUUUACACGUUCCCAAGGAUUCUGCUCUACCGGGUGUCAUUAUUUCCUAGACCAACUGUCACCUAAUGAUUGUGUCCAUGAAUUGGAAUUAUGGUUUUGUAUCCAGAGAAUGGGAUCGACACGUUUCAAUGCAUCUCAGUAUUUUAUCCUGUAAUCUCUGUAUCUGAUUAAAGCGCAUUUUUAUUGUGCA